AUGAACGUGAAUUGGAUUACAAAGCUCGAAAAUCUGCUCGACAAAAAAAGCAGCCGCGAAAGGAGCGACCACACGAAAGUGAUUAAGACAGAAAGGAAGCUGCAUAACCAUAGUAGCCACCAGGAGUAUAGUCCCCCGUUUAGGAAGCAACAUGUGAAAGGAGACCAUUUGGGGGGAACCCCGGAGUGCGACUACCAACAGUUGCACGCGUACCGGAUAGAGGAAGCCAUCAUAGAAAACUAUAAAAAGGAACAGAUAAAGGAGUUAUAUCCCUGGCAGGUAGAAUGUCUAAGUGAGCUGAAAAGGGUUAGGUGGGAGGAACGGGAAAGCUUCCUUUUCGUGGCUCCAACCUCAGGUGGUAAAACGCUCGUGGCUGAAAUUUUCGCUUUUGAGCAAAUGGACAAGACGGAAAAGACCUUUUUUCUAUUUCCCCUAAAUUCGCUAAUAAAUGAAAAGAUGAGUUAUUUGAAGAAGCUGUGCAGGGGGACGAACAUCAAGGUGGGUAGUGAGUUGGCAGAAAAUGACAUCGUGUUGUGUACCUACGAAAAAAUGAACAAUUAUUUGAAUAGGAAUAAGUUGGAGAGUCAAGAGGUGGGCAUGGGGGUCAGUAUGGGCGUGGGAAUGGACAGUUGGUCAGCCGGACGUAGUGCCAACCCAGGGGGACACUCCUACCACAACUUCAUCGUCGUGAUUGACGAGUUCCACCUGAUCAGCGAAAAGGGAAGAGGAAUAUAUAUCGAGAAUAUCAUCUCGAAAAUUAUGUUCCUCAACAGAAGGGAAGCAAAGAUAAAGGUCAUCUGCAUGAGUGGCACUCUCAAUAAUUUACCCAUCUUGAGAAAAUGGAUGAAUGCCAGAAUAUAUGUUUCCCCUUACAGACGUCCCCAAGAGAUAAAGGAGCAUUACAUUUGCAACUAUGGUGUGUAUCGAAAGGAGAAGGAUGGUUGUCCCUUUUCGUACCUCUGCAAUGUGUACGAUUUUUAUCAAACAUGGGAGGACAAGUCUGCUGAACAAGGGGCGACACGGUGCCUUCCUAAUGUUUCAAAUGUUAGCAGCUUUAAGAGGUGCCAUCUGAGUGAAGGAAUGAAAACGUUCCAUCAGAAUACAAAAAAUAACAUUGCUCAUUUUCUGAAGAUGAGGAAUCCCUCAGUGAACAGCAGCCUGGUCCAUUCGCUCCUCUGCUUCUCACUACACAGUCGAGUGAACAAUCUAAGCACCCUGAUCUUUUGCUCGACGAAAAAAAAUUGCGAAGUUUAUGUCAGCUUGAUUAAUCAGUACUUCAGUGCCUUCCCUGUGGAGCAAACCCCGAAGGAGGUGAAACUCAGGAGGGAUAAACUGAAUGAAAGCAUACUUCAGAUCGAUGCAUACGCACACAGUACCAUGAGCAAGCUAGUGGUAAACGGGAUCUGCUACUACUAUAGUGAUAUCACCAACCCGGUUAAGCGAUUGAUCGAGGUGGCCUACAAGGAGAAGACACUCUUCCUGCUCACCUGCACAUCAACACUCUCCGUUGGGCUGAAUUUGCUCGUAGAUCGAGUGUUAAUAGCAUCCCCCUUCAUCGCCCAGAACUUUCUAAGCGUCACACAGUAUAGGCAGAUGAUUGGCAGGGCGGCGAGGCAGAAGAACGGGGACUCCUUUCUGCUCCUGGAGAAGAAGCAUGAAAAGAAGAUGCUCCAAAUAUUUCAGGAGAACUGCACGAACAUUACGAGCACCAUGAACGACGGGGGUUCACUCGAAGAGAUGGAGAAAUACAUAAUUGAGUUCCUGUGUCUGUUGGACGCGCGGCCCGUGUCUUUGCGAGACGUGGUUGCGAUGCUGUCUUUCUCGCUCUGCUUCGCGGAGGUGGCGCUGUCUAGAGAAGCUCUGUCAAGGAAAGAUCUGUCUGGGGAAACUCUAUCAAGGGAGCCUUCCCCCCGAAAGUGCCCUGAUCAAUCCCCUCAGCGGCUGCCCCUCGAAGUGGACGAAGAGAAUUUCACCCCCAGUGAACGCGUCUUCUACGAGGCAAAAAAGGAGCAAAUACACGCCGUCCUAAAUGUGCUAAUCCAGCAUAAGUGUGUUCAGAUGCAGAGUAAUCGAAGAACAUUCCGCCUCACGAACUUAUGCAGAUCCUUAUGUGUCAGUAACUUCACUGUAUCCUUCGGAUCUCAGUUAUUAUCCGAAGUAAAAAGUUAUGAUAGAUUAUACCUCUUCAACCACAGCUUUCACCUGUGCUAUAUUUGCUCAGCACAUAAUCUGAAUAUCGCCUCCUUUUCGUAUUACCUCCCUUUUCUGAAAAACUUAAUCUCCAAGAUCUGCUCGGACAACUACACAAAGCACAUCAUUUUUCACGUCUUACAAUUUGAUAGUGACAUUAUUAACAUGCUAGCGUUGAAGAACCAGAAUAAUUACUUUUGGAACAGAAAGAAGAAAAAUUUCUUUUCAGAUGAUCACAUGGAGAGGAAACACAACAAGUUGUAUCUGUCUAUUUUCCUCUUUCUGUACUUGAAGGGGACGACGUGUUCCGUUUUGUGCUCUCUUUUUAAGAUAACGGAGGAUGUGUUACAGUCCGUUUUGGAACACACGUAUAUGCACGUUCACAUUUUGAUUUCAUUCUUUGAGCAACUGGGCGAGUGGAUCCUCUCCAGUUUGCUGAAGAAGUUCCUCCAAAAUUUUAAGACGUGUAGAGCCUCCUCGGAGGACGAAAGACGUGCGAAGGGGGCCAUGGGGCGAAGAACCAUCAACGCGGGUGGAUUCAGACGGGGCAAGCGCAAGAAUGACGCGGGGGAGGGGUUCAAGAUGAGUCGUCCAAUUGAGUGGUUCAGUUGA